CAAACUAUGAGAACACAUAAUAUUAGUACUAUAAAAGUAGACACCAAUUCAUCCCCAAACAAACAACCAAAAACUCACAACAACACCAAAAUGAGUUUAUGGUCAACUCUGUUAAAUUCCAAAUCAUACACACUCAAUUUCGAUGGAUCACACAACAAUCAAGCAAACAAAUCAGGAGCAGGCUGUGUAAUAUGGGACAACCAAUCAGGAGACUUCGUCAUUGCAGCAUCUUACAACCUUACUGAUUCCUACCCAGAUUACUGCAACGUCGCCAUUGCUGAAGCUGUUGCUCUUCGAAACGGGUUACAGUUAGCCCGUGACCGCAACCUUAACGUCACUGUCAUUGAAGGGGAUAGUACGGAGGUUAUUGAUCAUGUUUUGGGCCGAAGUCGAAGGCCUCCGUCUACGCCGCCGUUAAACGGGAUUAUUCGACAGAUUGUUGGGAUGGUGAAUCGGGUUUCUCAGAAGGUUGUGAUUGUUGAUCGGGAAGCUAAUCAAGUUGCGGAUAAGUUGGCGUAUUUGGGAUGUAAUAAGGUUGAAGAUGGUGGUUAUAAUGUUUUUAUGAACUUUACUAGUCUUCCUCUUCAGGUGGCUGAUCUAAUAAGGAAGCAGAAGCGGAACCCAUUUAGCAGCAGAACAGAAAAGAAUGAUGGAGAGGGUAGUAGCGUGGUCGAAAAGAUCGGUAUGGCCGGGGCAGCAGUCGCUGGAGUAGCAAUGUUAGCAUGGGGCGUAUCAAAUAUCAUGUUUGGCGAAAGCUCUUCUAAUCAUCAUCAACAACAGCAACAACAACAACAACAACAACAACAACAACAACAACAACAAGAAGCAAAGAACAAAGCAAAAGUACCUCAAAUGUUGGCCAGGUUUAAAAGCCCGGAAAAGAUUGAACAUUUCAUCCUUCAUUACAGUGGAUCCGACAUCAAUCAGCUCCAAAACGGAGGUGCAGGCUGCAUAAUCAGAAACGGUCAAGGAAAAUUUGUAACAGCAGAAACCUACAACCUUGAUCACCUCUUCACCGGGCCGGGUCAGCCCGGUCAAUACAAUGUGGCUAUAGGAGAAGCAAUAGGUUGGAGAAAUGGGUUGAGGUUAGCCAAAGCCAAAAAUAUUAGACUUUCUCUCAUUAUAGGUGACAAUAAGGAGGUUAUUGACCGUGUUCGUGGCCUCGAGAGGAGAGCCCCGAAAGUGGCUUUGUUAAAUGAGAUUAUCGGCGAGAUUCGAGAGGGACUAAUUGAGCUACGCAUUGAUCCUAUGAACCAGGUCAGACUCAUUGGAAGAGAGGAUAACAAAGUUGCUAAUGAGUUGGCUUUUAGGGGGUCUAAACUCGGGUAUGGACAAGAGAGUUGUUAUGCUAGUGGUGAAGUUCUUCCUUUUAAGCUGGCCCAUUUAAUCACGCAAGAGGAAAUAGAUUGGCCUGAUUUCGUCAUCUGAUCUGGUAUGAUCUUGUCUGGUUUUGUGUGGUGCGUACGUGUGUGUAUCUGGGGCUCAUCAAUGGUACAACAUAGUGUACGAUGAAAGUUACCCGUGUAUCUUGCCUUGUAAGGUUGCCCAGUCUAUUCAUCAACAUAGAAUCAUAUUAAUGUACUGGCAACUUCAAUUUAAUUACUAGGUCAUUUAUGAUUAUGUUAUGGGUUAUUUGUGAGAAUGUUGUGAACUUGUUGUCAAAGCAUAAACAAAACUGGUUUCCUUUA